UAAGUUAACUUAGCAAGAAUAAAUUAAGCCGACGUGAAACUAUUUAGUAGGCAUAGCACCGUAUUGAAUCAAUAAGAUGGCAGUAGUUUGCUAGAGAAAAUCAAUAACAGUAGUUGUAAUGCGUAUCGAUUUUCCUUCAGUUAUUGGUAUCAUUUCUUGACGAAAAUUAUAUAAUAUUAAAAAUGUUCCAGCAAAUACACCAGAUUUAACGAAACGCCCUUGCAUCACACGUGAAAGAUCUAACACUUUAUUACUUCUAUUCUCCAGGUAUUUUCUAACCUAAGAGUUGAAUAUAUUCAGAAAAUAGGAAUUCUCAGUAAAUAACACUGGUGUCUGGUAGCGCUUAGUUAGAUUUCAUACGUUAGUCACUCAAACAUAGAUAUUAUCGACAUUCUACAAAUAAUUUUUUAGCCCAUAUAGCUGAAAAAAAGUCUUUAAAUGCUGUCAAUGCAACAUGCAACUGUUGGGUAUAUCUGGAUACGAUGCUUCAAUUCUCUUACGAGUUUCACCCGAUGGUCAUACAGCACAUGCAUAUAAGCGAUCAACACAUCCUACUUCGGUCCCACUUUCCAAAUUAUUCACCAACAGCUUUCCAUUGUCGGUUCGUGAAUCUCUUGAAGAUUACGGAUACCGUCAUAACCCGUUGAAGUUCCAACACGACUUACUUUCUACCCUUCCAUUUUACCCUCAUCCAGACUCUAGUGGAACUGCAGCUAAAGUCCUCCAAACACCUAUUGACGAACACGGAAAUUUCAUAAAUGAGUUUGUCAUUUCACCCCAGGGUAACUUCCAAGAACCAAACCACUUGAUAAUGAUACAUGGAUAUGGAGGUGGGCUUGGAUUCUACCUCAAGAACUUUGAAGCAUUAGCCAAGGAGAAGAACUGGUGUAUUCACGCCAUAGACCUAUUAGGCUAUGGAUGCAGUUCACGACCAAAGUUCGUUGGCAAGAACUUGCAAGAGGUUGAAAACUGGUUUCAUGAUUCAUACAGUGAAUGGUUACGACUUCGCGGCCUUGAUCAAGCCCGUGAUAAAACAUUAAUCAUGGCCCAUUCCAUGGGAGCAUAUCUCAUGGGCACCUAUGGAAUAAACCGCGAUCCUGACUUUUGCAAGAAAUUACUCAUGGUUUCGCCAGGUGCCAUCAUCAAGCAUCGUAAGCAAGUUUUUGUUCCCAAGUAUUUUGCCAAAUUAUGGGAACAAAACAUAUCUCCAUUUUCACUUGUACGUGGCUCAGGUCCAUUUGGGUCAAAGUUAGUGAGUAUGUGGUCAUCACGUCGUUUUGCAAAGUUAUCAUCCAACGAGUCAAGAUUAUUACAUAAAUACGCGUAUGGAAUCUUCAAUAGUCCCGGGUCAGGAGAGUAUAUGUUGAAUUUCCUUUUAGCCCCUGGUGCCGACGCAAGACAUCCGUUGGUGGAGAGAGGGGUGCAUAAAUUGAAAUGUAAAUUGUCGUGGUGGUAUGGUAAAGAAGAUUGGAUGGAUCCUAAAGGUGGCGAAUUGUGUUCUAAUAUCAUUAACAAUUUGCGUGGAGAGGUUGUCAGUGAUGUCAAGUUGAUUGAGGAUAGUGGACAUCACAUUUACCUUGAUAAUAUCACCAGAUUCAACCUGAUGUUGGUGAACGAGAUGAGAGAUAUGGAGAAGGACGAAGCUACCUGAUUCCUUGCGCCUUAUAAAAAUGUAUAUAUGUACACCCUAUUUAUUAAUAAAUUCCGGAUCUACUUCUGAUCCUACAAAUUCAACAAGAACCUUCAUAGAAAUAGGUAAUUUGGGAUCAGUAACCACAAUCUCUUCACCAGGUGCUAACAAAUCCGAUAAUUUCUUGGAUAAAUUAGUUCUCGUUAAUUUCUCCAACUCUUCAGGAUUACUCAAAUACAAAUAUCGCAGUGAUGUAGUCAACGAAGGUCUAGUCAUUUGCACUUCUUGUUUGGUAGAUAAUUCUUCAAUAAACUGAUCAAGAGUCCACCAUCUCUCAGCUUUGACCCAUUUAGGCAUGUUCCCACACACAGGACAAUUAUCCUUUUUAGCGUAUGGAUAGGUAUAUGUGAAAAUCGAUUCAUCGCCAGAAUACAUCAUGUAGUUAUUCAAUAAUGGAUUGGAGUUAGUGACAAACUUGAAUGCUUCAUUGCAGCAACUAGCAGCAAUCACGGCAUUUGUACUUGCAAUUGCCGGAAUGAUAUUCUUGACCACGCCCAAUGUCAACAGUCUCGUUACUCCUUCAAUCUUAAACUCAUCCGCACGAGUUUUCGCCAUCUGAUACAUCCAAUCGACAUCAUCAGGGUUAUCUGCAUCAAACUUUCUAUCGGGAAAAUGUCUCGGCCAUUGUAACUGAUUUGCCCAUUCGAUGCAAUGUUCUGGGAGUCGUGGCGUAUUGGCAAUGGUACAUACGGGAUAUGUGACUUUUGGGGAGAGUAAAUCCAAUGAACACUCAAAACACAGGCUUAUAGUGGGGAGUAUCACCCUUGAUUGGCCCCGUAACCCCUCAGUUCCUCCGUCUAUCAACGGAACCAAGGUUUCUUCAUCAACCAAGGCCAUCAACGUAGCGUUAAUCCACCGUCUUGCCUCAAUGGAGUCCAAUCCACUGAUCACCACGCUGAAUUGACGAUAGUAUUCCCUGGGUUUAUCCUGGAUCUUUCCGAAAUACGGUGUUAUUUUCAAGUUGUCAUCCCCGAUACGAGCAAUGAUGGCUCUGGCCGCCACUUCCGCUUUGCUUUUGCCUAUAUCCUCCGGCCGGAAGAGAAACUGUCGAUUGAGGUUGGAGAGCUCAAUAGUGUCCAUGUCAAUAACAUGAAUGUCCUUGAAUCCCGUCAAGGCCAAGUUUUUGAGGAUUUCACACCCCAAUCCACCUGCACCAAUGACGAGGAUCUUGGUGGUAGCAAGGGAUAGAAGCGAGUCAUGGGGGUCAUAUUCUUCAGGGACUUCGUUGAAGGGUCCGGCUGUUUCCACUAGAGGUAGUAUGGAUGAGAGAUCACGCAUGAUCUGAGUUGUGGUAAUGGUUGGUAUAGAGUUGGUAUGUUGUGAUCUCCUAGUGGGAAACUUC